AGCUGAGGAGAUAACUAUUUUCUGCUUCUAAAAUACUACACUUGCAUUGUUUUUUUCCCCGUAGAAGGAUCCAUGACUUCUGCUGGACAACAUGGAAUUAUUUUGUACUUAAUUCUCACAUGGAACAUCAGGAUUUUUACUGCAAUCCUCAUAUUUUUAUUGGUUCUGUAGGAUUUGUCCGCAUCUAACAUCAGAUUACAAACAGACGUUGGACCAAUUCCACGUUGCCAUGUUAUUGUCUAUUCAUCAUGAUGCUAGUAGCCCUUUCUUCUCCCGGAGAGUCUUUGUCGCAGUGUGAAAUUUGGAAACAAAUUUAAAAGACGAGCGAGACAAUUUAGAAUGUUUGGGAAAGGGAGACAUCAGAUGCGGCUGCUGGCUCUCAUUUGGGUGUUUGUGCUUUUGCCGAGGAGUGGAGCAGUUUCCAGAUGUGCAGAUCAUGCCUGCAGUCCACCCAUUCAGAACCUGGCUACUGGCAGGACUCUCAUCACCCUCUCAGGGAGUUGCGGGAACACCUCACACGAGCAAAGCACUUGUCACCACCCACUUAGUCACAUGAAUGAUGAUCCUUUCUUGUAUCCAAACACCUGGUGGGAAUCAAGCGCGAAUCCCACUGUGCAGGGGAUGCAGGAUGAGAUUCGUCUGGACCUGAAAACACACUUCUGUCUGUCCCACUUGGUUUUGUUGUUCCAGUCGCCGCGGCCCGCUGCGAUGGCCGUUGAGCGAUCAACAGACUUUGGGAAGUCCUGGGAGGUUCUAAAGGUCUUUGCACACAACUGUAGCAUGGAGUUUAGUUUACCUGAUGAUUUUAAUCAGCCUGGCUCUUUGUGUACAUCCCGUUACAGCAGCGCAGCACCCUGCAGUGGUGGAGAGGUGAUAUUACGGAUACUUGACCCCAGCAAUUCAAAACAGCUGGACCCCUACAGUCCAGAGGCUCUUGCACGCCUGACCCUCACUAACCUGCGUGUCAGACUGCUAAAAGCUCAGAAGUGUCCUCACCUUCAGCCGCCUUCAAAAGAACAAAUAGGGCCUACAUCUGCUUCACCGACAGGACCUUAUGCUGUUUACAAUUUACUGGCACAAGGCACUUGCCUGUGCCACGGACAUGCUGAGUUUUGUCUAGCUCGCCACAGCAGCCAAGACACACAACUGGAUGGUAACAUGGUGUCUGGUCGAUGUGUGUGUACUCACCACACAGCAGGCUUCCACUGUGAAAAGUGUGCGCCACUCUACAAUGACCGUCCUUGGAGGCCUGCCAAUGGCAGUAGUGGUGAUGCAAACCCAUGCCAGAAGUGUGAGUGCCAUGACCAUGCAGACAGCUGCCACUUCUCUCAGCGAGCGUGGUCAUCCACUGGUGGCCUAAGCGGCGGGGUCUGCGAUAGCUGCAGACACAACACCUUCGGGCGCAAAUGCCAGCGCUGUCGACGAGGCUACUACCGUCAACCAACCCUGCCUGUCAACUCCCCCCACACUUGCCAGCGAUGCAGAUGUGAUUCCCAAGGCUCCUUGUCUCCACAUCCUGGAGAUGAAGAAACCUGGUGCCACCCGCGGACUGGGCAAUGUAAGUGUAAAACUGGUGUUGGGGGCACAAGCUGCAGUCAUUGUAUACAUGGCUAUUGGGGCUUUGGAGCUGAGGGGUGCAAAGCCUGCACAUGCCCCAACAGCUGUAAUCCCAUCAAUGGGCAGUGCCUGGAAAGCGAUGCAAAGAAUCAGUUGUUCAAUAUACCCAUCGGUGGAAAAAUUCCUGCGUUGGAUUCUCAGUUCACUGUGGAUGAAGAGACACGGUGGCAGAAAGAACAAGCAGUCUCUUUGCUGCACACCUCAGGAAAGUGCAUCUGUAAGGAGAGAAAGCUAAGAAGUGUGUCUGAUCUCUGCAAGAUUAAACAUGACUAUGUCAUAAAGGCGAGCGUCAUGUCCGCUCAUGACAAGGGCAGUCAUGCAGAAGUGCAGGUCAAAGUGCGCAAGGUCCUACGAUCGGGUCUGGUAAAACUGAACUCUGGCACAGUCAGCAUCUUUCCUCUAUCCUGGACCAGUCGCGGAUGCACCUGCCCCAUUCUAAACCCAGGUAUGGAUUACCUGCUCGCAGGCCCAGAAGAAAUUGCCACAGGACGCUUGCUGGUCACAAUGCAGAGUGCAGUGAUCCCCUGGACCCCCAGAUUGGGUCUACUCAUUACAGAGGGCCUAAGAAGUGGAUGUCCAUAAUGCAGAGACAUGCUCCAAAACCGUCCAAAAACUCAGUUCAGUCACUCGAGACUGGAAAUUGAGACAAGUUCAAUCACCGGCACAAAUGUUGUUGUCUGGUUAAACAAAGACAUUCAAUCUCAGUUUCUGUGGCAGUAAAAAGCACACAUUGAAAUUAAUGUUUAAAUGUUGGGAAAUGUUUUUCAGCACUCAUCUCUAUCUUUGGACUACAAUUGUAACCAUCAAUAUUGAAACCAGACAUCAGUGUCAAACAAGUCUUUA